GGUGGUCCUGGUUGAAAAACACCGUCCAGAAAAGCAACCGACGGGAUGACUUUGAGUGUUCUUGUACACUUCUUUAACAUUUUGUAACACCAUGAAAACAAAUUAGCAAACUCUAAAAGUGACAAAGUGUCGCCAAGAAAGGCCGUGAUGGAUUUGAGUUGUUUGUCCUCGGGAGUAAAGUUGGGAAACUACGAGGUGAAAAUGGAGAGCCCAGCUGAGUGAGAGUGGGGUGAGGAGGCUGGAUUUGGCAAAAGUUGGGAGUCCUGCCUUGCUGCUAGCAGGCUAGUUAGCGUGCUUAGACACUUCGCUAUCUCGGCCUCCCUUCACUGUUCUUCAGCUUGUGAUUCUCCAGGGGAGCUGCUUCAUGUGUGGCGAGACCGCUGCUGACAUUGCAGCUUUUCCCAAUGGAUCAUAGCUUAGUUGAUGGUGGUCUUAUUUUCCGUGGAAGUUUUGAAUGAGUCCUGAGGACAACUUUGCAUUUUUCCCUAAAGGCAGCCCCGGUUAAGCCUGCUUUAGAGAAGCUGGAUAACGCUCAGGCUAACGGCUCCCUUUCGGUUCAAACUUCUUCUUUUUUUUGCCAUGAGCAUCCACACCAGCUGUAUCCAUUCCAUUUUCUCUGUACAUUAUCCUAUCUGAGAUGCAUCCUUGAUAACAUCUGACUGUGUGGCCCUGCUACAGGCCUACUGAAGCACACUGAAGACAACUAGUACCAGAGAGUUGCGUAAGCUGCAGGCCCAUUCAAGAUGUAUUCAUGAGUACUUGGGAGUUGUUAAACCAGACUCAAUCGCAUUCAUGUACUGUGACUGCUGAUGCCAGCUCACUGGUACUUGAGUGGAUGUAAUCCGCUUUAUUCAUGAACCCUCAAGCUGAGUCUGGGUGCAGCCUGGAUGUUGCUGUUAAAUCGGCUGUUGCGGUGAUGAGGCAGGGCUCCUGGUGGCCUGUGUGGCUGACUGGGCAGUGGCCCAAGGUGAUGUGAUGGGGUGCCGGAACAGUAAGGUCCUCCCUGAGCCUCCAGGGGAUGUUCAGUUGGACCUGGUCAAAAAGGUUGAUCCUCAACCUCAGACAGAUAUCUAUAAGCACUUCAUACGAGGGGAUGGCUCUGGAAGCAAGAUGGGUGUGGCUGGUGGCGGAGCAGGUGACAAAGCAGAGAUCACCUCCCCACAUCAAGCCCAGUCUCACACUGCCACUCCCACCGCUUCAGCUCACCUCCCUAAGGACCUGUCCGAAUUGCCGGAUCCUCAGCGAAGGAAAGUGGCGAAAUACAGAGCUAAGUUUGAUCCCCGGGUUACAGCCAAGUACGAGAUCAAAGCUUUGAUAGGCCGGGGGAGCUUUAGCCGUGUGGUCCGCGUGGAGCACAAGAGCACCCGACAGCCAUACGCAAUCAAAAUGAUCGAGACCCGGUACCGUGAGGGGAGGGAGGUGUGCGAGUCAGAGCUGUGUGUUCUGCGUCGUGUUCGUCAUACUAAUAUAAUCCAACUCAUGGAGGUCUUCGAGACAGCUGAGCGUGUCUACAUGGUCAUGGAGCUGGCCACUGGAGGAGAACUUUUCGAUCGGAUCAUCGCACGCGGCUCCUUCACAGAGCGGGAUGCCACGCGGGUGUUGCAGAUGGUGCUGGAUGGCGUCAAGUAUCUCCACACUUUGGGGAUCACUCACCGAGACUUGAAGCCUGAGAACCUGCUCUACUACCACCCGGGACCUGAUUCCAAGAUCAUCAUCACUGAUUUUGGUUUGGCCAGUAGCAGGAAAAAGGGAGGCGAGUGUUUGAUGAAGACCACCUGCGGCACACCGGAGUACAUAGCGCCUGAAAUCCUAGUGAGGAAGCCGUACACAAAUGCUGUGGACAUGUGGGCGCUUGGGGUGAUUUCCUACAUCCUGCUGAGUGGAACCAUGCCCUUCGAGGACGACAAUCGCAUGAGGCUCUACCGGCAGAUCCUCAAAGGGAAAUACAGCUUUUCUGGAGAGCCAUGGCCCAGUGUGUCCAACCUUGCCAAAGACUUUGUAGAGCGUGUUCUAACAGUGGAUCCCAGUGAGCGACUUACCGCCGGUCAGGCCCUUAAGCACCCCUGGAUCGUCAGCAUGGCAGCCUCAUCGUCCAUGAAGAACCUGCAGCGUUGCAUAUCUCAGAACCUCCUGAAACGUGCGUCCUCACGCUGCCACAGCACCAAGUCAUCCCAGUCCACGCGCUCCAGCCGCUCAACCAAAUCCAACAAGGCUCGGCGGGUGAGAGAGAAGGAGCUGCGAGAGUUGAACCGGCGCUAUCAGCAGCAGUACGACGGCUGAAGCAAGGCCCGACAGCCAGCGACUGUAGCGGACCUUCUUUUUUUUUUUUCUUUUUCUUUAAACAACACAGCAAUGACUGAAGCUUUGAGUUGCUGCCAGUGUUUGGGGGGCAAAAGUGUCUUGAAGUCCCACAUUUCUGCCUUAAAACAAGGAUAAUGACUUGACUAACUCCAAGACUCUAAAAUGACAAAGCUGAAAAGUCACUGAGACUGUAGAACAAGUCAGAAAGAUGACAAAAUCAUUUAAUGUCUAUGGCAGUGUGUUGCAACUGCUCCAUCCACUCUCUCACAUUUACUUUUAGCAGGAUGGUGCCUUUCACUUUCCUUGUGUUCUCCCAUUCCCUGUGUCGCUACAUAUUUAUUUAUUAUUGUUGACAUGAUUAUUAGUCUCCAUUCAAAUGGUCACUGGAUAAUGACCUUCCACAAGGAUCUGUUGAACAGAGUUCUGGAUACUGACAUUACUAAGAGGAAAGAGAUUCUUCAGAAGAGGAGGGAAACACAUUCCUCUCACUCAUUUCUGAUUGCUGUGAAUUUAUUAUUGUGCUAAUUGUAUAGAGCUUGAUUUGAGAUGUGGUUAAUCAUAUCGAGCUGCAACAUAAUCGCACCGUUUUAGGCCAAAAUGAUUUAGUCAGUCCAAAGCUUAGCUACUCUUGCCAUUAUUGUUAAGAUCCUAAAACUAUCAAAAGAUUGUGAAGCUUUUUUUUUUUUGCGUCGCUGUUAAAUCUUAGUUGUGUUAGGCAAUAAUAGAUUACGCAGCCUGUGUCAUUUUGAUUUAACAUUGCUCGUAAAGUACCAGCGAUGAGCCUUUCCUUGUUGUACAGCAGGGAUUUGUCUUAAUAAUGGAAAAUGGCCAUUGAGUUUUCUUGAUCAUCGGCACAUGAAUCUUAGUCACAGAUUGGCGCUGCUUUGGGUUUCCAUGAGCUUUUUAUACUGUCUUUAGAAAUGUAGCCUAGCUUUAAAAUAACUGUGUAAGAUUUAUUAUGAAUUGAUUAUUUUCACCGAGUAAUUUCCAGGUGUUAUGACACUCUACCAUUAGCUUAUUGAGCUAGCCAAGUGACAGAAAUGACAUUGUCCUGCUGUGAAAGAGCUUAACAAAGCUAUGGCAAAAUAAUUUAAAAAAUAUUCUUCGAAGCAUGGUAAAUUUAAAUUGCAUUCCACAAAAGUGCCACACAUUAAAUUGCAAAUUGUUAUGAUAACAGUAGAGUGACCAAAUAACUUUAGAUAGGUUAGCAUUUUUGGAGCUUGCCUGUUCUUUCAAAACUGAGUAAAUCCUAAUUCUGAAACUCUAAUAUCUUUAUGUAAGCAUAUUUAAAUAAAACAAGUAGGAAAGCAGAUAUCAAGAAAUCAUUUUCUCCAAAAACUUAAUUUCUAUUUUUGGUAUUAUAUAUGUUGUAACUGUAACACUUUUAAGACAUUCAGAUAUCUUUUAAAGGUGUAAGUCAGUUUAGUAAGUAUGUAGUUUGUUUCCUAAAACUUAAGAAGCACUCUGUUUACAAACUUCGUACAUUUAUUCCACUACAUUUAAGUUUUGAUGCAGCCUUGUCUUAAAGUCCCACCAACGUUGUCCCAAAAUUUUACUCAGAACGGGAGACAUAUUACAGAGUAUGCUUUAGAAAAAUAUGGAAGGAAAAUGAUGAAGAUAAACAGACAACUGAUGCUAAGCAACUGAUAUCUAAUGUUGGGCUUGCUCUAAUUGGCUUGGAGAAAAUCAUUUGAAAAACCCACAUAUAGUCAUAGAGUUUGUGGAGAUAAAAGGGGUUGUGUUUUGGUUUUUCGUAAUGUAUUUAGCUUUCAGUGGAUGUAAACAACACUCUAAAAUGAAGGAGAUAAAGGCUACGUUCACACUGCAGGUCUUAAUGCUCAAUUCCGAUUUUUUGAUCAAAUCCGAUUUUUUUUUUUUGUCUGCUUGUUCACACUACAAAUAAAAUGCGACAGCAAACGCGCUCUAGUGUGAACCCUCAAAGCGGCCCGCAUGCGCAAAAGAAGACGUCACACACAACGCGCUCUGUUUAGACCCAGAGCAAACAAGUUUGUUUGAUUGAUGGCCCUUAAUAUAAAGACUUCGGACUUUACGUUUCCCAAUUUCUGCUUUAAGUUAUUUUGUUAUUUACAUAAUAAUGUAAAUAACCUAAUAAUUAUCCUUAUUGCUGUUUUAGAGGAGCGGUGCUUCAUAGGAUAGUUGCAGAUUUCUGUCAGAAUCUGCAGAUUAUACAGUACAAAUAAAAUGUUCACGUUUCUCCAACGCUGUCUUCCCAACAGUUUCACUGACAUCUACACUGGAUGGCCAGGAAGCAUUCGCGAUGUCUUAUCCGGAGCUGAUAAUUGGCAUCUGUCUUGUGUCAGUGACGUAAAAGACGGAUUUAAUGCGACUUGACCAUUCAAACAGCAGUCGCUUUCUAAAACAUCGGAUAUGUAUCGGAUUCAGUACCACAUACGAAAGUGACCCAGAUCGGAUUUGAAAAUAUCGGAUUUGUGCCGUUCACACUGUCAUACCAUGAUCGGAUAUGGGUCGCAUAGGGUCAAAAAAAUCGGAUGUGAUGCGCUUUUGCCUGCAGUGUGAACGUAGCCAAAGACUCUGUAGCCAUGCAGCUAUACAGUUUAAUGCACAAGGCUUUUUUUUAUACAGAGACAUUUUCAACUUAAGUUAUAAAACAUUCAAACAGCUCGCUACAAGAACUCUCGUUCAUCAGAUCUGCAGUAUGAGCUGCAAAGAAACUGUAGUUGUUAGUUUUUUCUGAUGUUUACAGUCUAAACCAUUUCCACUAAACUUAUGAAUAUUUAGCAUCCUUGCGCAAUGAAGUAUUGUGACCAGUGCACAAAUCAGAGCUAUGCUGAUGAAAUAUCAAUACCUUUAAAGGAAAAAGUGAAUUUUUUUUUAACUUUGUUGAUGAAGACGGUUAAAAUGAUGACUAUCCCCAAGUUGAUAGGGAAAAAGAAUCCCAGAAGUAUUACAACCAAAAGACUCACAAGUGAGAUUGAAAUUGUUUGUCCUUUUUGCUGUUUUUCUUUCUGGCAAAGCACUUAAUGUACAGUACUGAACUGAGAUUCAUGAUUUUCUAGUUUGUUUGUUUUUUUGUGUCUUUUGUUUUUUCAGAAGCCUUCCAGAGGAAAUUUAAUGGUACUUUGCGGUCUUUCCGUCUUUGCUUUUUGAGGAUUUUGCUGUGAUCUUUCCUAGAGUUUAGAAGUGUGCUGUUGUGAACUUUUUAAUAUGUACUGGAAGCCUGAUCGAGCCAUGUCCGCUGACCUCAGUUUUUCCUUUGCUUUUUGUCUUUUGGCUUUCACUUUUGUUCCGUGAGGCCUUGUCAUCUCUCUGAUGCAACUGUUUCCGUCGUCUUUGAUCAUUUUUAGUCUCUUCCUUUGUCCUACUGCUGUUUUUCUUAGUAUUCCUCUACAGGUAAAAUGCUUUUACAUAUAUAUCAAUUAAAUAGAAACUGUAAAACGAAACUCUAAUUUUCACUCUGUGCGCCCUAAAAUGUUGUAUUGAUAUCAAAUGCACAGUCUGCAGGCUUUAAAGAAUUUGUGUUCUUUACUGAGAUAUCAGCUGUAGUCGUGUUAAAAGAAUGCUUUGAGUGACCUCUUGAAUGAUUUUUCUUUCCAACAUACAGUAUUGAGUGUGUUCAUUUGGUCAAAAGUGAAUCAACAGUUAAAAUAAGUAAAAAAAAAAUAAAUAAGAAUUAUAGCUACAGAUUAUGAAUUUGGACUCAAAGGGAUUUCUGUAGUUGAAUUAGUCAUUACUGAGUGCCUGUUGUGUGUCAUGUUCAACAAAUGACCAAAUCAGUGCAUUCUGGAGAGUGUCAGCACGUUUGUAAAAAUGUUUCCUUUCAUGUUUUUAUAUAUCUGUUUCAUUUUAUGCCAAUGCUGUCUUUCUAAAUGAAGUAGCCAACUCAGCACUGUUACAUGAAAACAGUUCAUCUUGUGUUAUUGUGUCAAAAUAAAUGAUAAACUUUGAUUCCUCUGCCAUUAACUUUUUGAAUUUUUUUUUUCUUUAACUCAUGAGUUGUGUGUGCCAAUAAAGCACCGAAACCUGA